GGCGGCCGAGGGUGAUGGCUAAAGAUAGGCCGCCGCCGCCAGCAGCGGGUGGAGAAAGAAGAACCGCGGACCGUUCACGGUUGGAUCAGGGCCUAGUAGAGGGCGGUGGCGACGGCGGGCUCCUUCGCGGCUCCCCGCUUGGGCAAAGCCCCCGGGGCGAGAUCCGAGCGGCCUUGGCGCUUGGCGAAGGACCUCCUCGAUCUCUCCGCUCCCUGCCUCCGGCGCGCCGGGCCAGCUUCUCUGCCAGCCGCUCGCCUGCCCGCCCGGCCUCUUCUCUGGCUUCUGCUCGGAGUGGCUUUUCGGAGUUAAAAAUGGCUUUCCAAAAGGCAGUGAAAGGAGCUAUCCUUGUUGGAGGAGGUGCUGUAGCGACUGUUUUUGGCCUCUCGCAACUUUCUGAGUACAAAAGAAAAUAUGGUCAUCUUGCUUCAGUUGAAGCUGCUGAAUGUAGACCCUUAAAGAUGAUAGACUCCCUUCCCUCCAGAGAGAGUCAUCUACAGGCCCUGCGGGAAACCUAUGAAUUUGAUGUUCUUGUUAUAGGUGGAGGUGCCACAGGAAGCGGUUGUGCCUUAGAUGCUGUUACGAGAGGCCUAAAAACAGCCCUUGUAGAAAGAGAUGAUUUCUCAUCAGGGACCAGCAGCAGAAGCACUAAAUUGAUCCAUGGCGGAGUGAGAUAUCUUCAGAAGGCCAUCAUGAGGCUGGAUUUUGACCAGUACAGAAUGGUGAAAGAAGCCCUUCAUGAACGUGCCAACUUGCUUGAAAUUGCACCUCAUUUAUCUUCUCCUCUGCCUAUAAUGCUUCCUGUUUACAAGUGGUGGCAGUUGCCAUACUACUGGGUAGGAAUUAAACUCUACGACCUUGUAGCGGGAAGCCAGUGUCUGAAAAGCAGCUAUGUGCUUAGCAAAUCAAGAGCCCUGGAACUCUUUCCCAUGUUGCAAAAGGACAAACUAGUUGGUGCCAUUGUCUACUAUGAUGGACAACACAACGAUGCACGAAUGAACCUUGCCAUUGCCCUCACUGCUGCCAGGUAUGGUGCUGCCAUAGCCAAUUAUACUGAAGUGCUGCAUUUGCUGAAGAAGACAGAUCCCAAUAGCGGGAAGAGUCGUCUCUAUGGAGCAAGGUGCAGGGAUGUUCUAACAGGGCAGGAAUUUGAUGUCAAAGCCAAAUGUGUUAUCAAUGCUACAGGACCUUUCACAGACUCUGUGAGGAAAAUGGAUGAGCAGGAAGUGCCGAACAUCUGUCAGCCAAGCGCAGGCGUUCAUAUUGUGAUGCCUGGCUAUUACAGCCCGGAUAACAUGGGACUCCUUGACCCCUCUACUAGUGAUGGACGAGUGAUUUUCUUCCUGCCAUGGCAAAAGAUGACCAUUGCUGGUACCACAGAUACUGCAACUGAAGUCACACCUCAUCCAAUUCCUACAGAAGAAGAUAUCAACUUCAUCUUAACAGAAGUGCGCAACUAUCUUAGCUGUGAUGUUGAAGUGAGGAGGGGAGAUGUUCUUGCAGCAUGGAGUGGGAUUCGUCCUCUCGUGACUGACCCAAACUCUAAAGACACCCAGUCUAUAUCGCGGAAUCAUGUCGUACACGUCAGUGACACUGGCCUUGUGACUAUAGCCGGUGGGAAAUGGACAACUUACCGUUCCAUGGCAGAGGACACAAUUGAUGCUGCUGUAAAAGCUCAUGGCCUUCAAGCAGGUCCCUGUAGGACUGUAGGACUCGUCUUGCAGGGUGCAGAAGGUUGGAGCCCUACCCUUUAUAUACGACUGGUUCAAGACUAUGGACUGGAAAGUGAGGUGGCCCAACAUCUUGCAAAUACGUUCGGGGACAAGGCGUUUGAAGUGGCAAAAUUAGCCCAAGUGACCGGAAAGAGGUGGCCUAUUGUGGGAAAACGCCUGGUAUCAGAAUUUCCGUACAUUGAGUCAGAGAUUGAGUAUGGCAUCAAAGAGUACGCCUGCACGGCUGUGGAUAUGAUUGCUCGUCGCACACGUUUGGCCUUCCUGAAUGUGCAAGCUGCUGAUGAAGCCUUACCACGAAUCAUUGAGAUCAUGGGGAAGAAGCUGAAAUGGAGCGAACAGAAGAAGAAGGAGGAGCUGGCACAGGCAAAGAAGUUCCUCUACUAUGAAAUGGGCUACAAGGCACGGUCGGAGCAGCUGACAGAUAGCAGUGAAAUCACUCUUUCGCCAGGAGAUAUUGAGAGGUACAAAAAGCGAUUCCACAUGUUUGAUAAAGAAGGAAAAGGUUUUAUUACUAUAUUGGAUGUACAACGUGUGUUAGAGAGCAUCAACUUUCAAAUUAAUGAAAGUGCACUCCAUGAGAUUUUGAAUGAAGUGGAUUUGAACAAAAAUGGGCAGGUUGAACUCAAUGAAUUUUUGCAGCUCAUGACUGCUAUUCAGAAAGGAUAUGUCUCUGGAAGCCGGCUAGCUGUACUCAUGAAAGCAGCUGAAGAGAACAUUCAUCAGCGUGAAGUCAUUUCGGUGGAUCGAAGCGGGGGCGGACUGUGAGUGGGGACCUUAACAGCUGCAGAAUGCUGCCCCGUGUAGCUGCCUCUCUCGAUGCUGAAAAACAUUCCAGUGCUUUUGGAUGUGUCUGCCUCCUCUGCACAGACCUGACACGAGCAGCGGUGCAUAAAAGUGCAUUGUUGCAAUUCUUCCCCCUCCCUUUCCCCUUUCAGUUUGCUCUGAAGAUGCUACUGCUCCCGCUUAACUGCCUGCUGAACUGGGCAUCUGUUUUUGCUUUUUGUAAAAUCAAUGGUGGACAAGAAUUUGGAGUAAGAAAGAGUUAGGGAACGUCUGUGACUGUGAAAUGCCAUUUCUAGGCUAAUCUUGGAAGAUCUGCUCUGCUGCUUGUCUGAACUCUGAAGCCAGGGAUCAUGUGAAUCUGAGUGACCUUUCACGCUGGCACCUCCUGCACAGGAGUGAGAAUAGUUUCCUGGGCUCCAUCUCUAAAAUGUCCCCUUUCCGCUGCAUUGACCUGGCAAAACGUUCAGGGCGCUAGCAUGCCUUUAGAGUCUUAAUGUGUGGGCUUAUUUCCCUCUUCUGAAGAAGUGUCUUGUGUUCAGUUCCAUCUUUGGCUGAGAACAUUGGGGCUAAUGGUGUAUUUAAAAGUGUUGCAAGGCUGUUUAAAAUGUGCAUGGCAUAAAACGGAGUGUUUUGUCACAGGAAUGUAAGGGUGUUGGCAUCUAGGAUAAUUUUGUUGUGGUUGUCGACUAUUACUCAAAAUAUAAGAGAAUGUUCUUCCAGUUAAUCAUAGUAAUGUUUAGUCAUAUUUGAGUACUGGGCCCAGUUCAACUAAAAACACAGCUACGGCUCAUGGAAGCUAGUGUGGUUGAAGUCGCUGUGUCCUGUACAGCAAUUGCAAUUUACAGAUGGAUGUCUGAGAAACACACUGAGGCAGCUUUAGAAUAAAAGCACAUUAUAAGGAUAUCUGUAAAAAACUUGGUGCUUCUUAUCCCACUGUGGAAGACUGUAACAAGGAUAGAGUUUCCAUCUCUGUUCCUUCCCCAAUAAAUGCAUGUUCUGUUUAGCACAUAGUAAGGUGAAUAGUGCAUGUAGCUGGUUUUCCCCCUUUCUUGUGAAAUUUCUGUAGAAACAUGUUUUUGAAUCUGUUCAUCUACGUUAGAUGCAUAAAACAAAAGCACAAGUAGAAAGUUAGCAUCAUGGCGUCACUGUACAGUAGAAACAUUCAGCAGGAUUUCAUAAAAGGUGAUAUUUCUACUUACCCAGUCUGAAAAAACUAGGAGUGAAAAAAAAUGCCUUUGAAUGAACUUGCCUCCUAUCCCCGUAUUAAACUGGACAGAGGUCCCUAAGAAGUUUCUUACUUCCUUGACAUGAAGCAAAAGGGAAGCACAUCACAGUACUGAUAAAGCUUUAGGUUGAUAUCCUUUUGGGUUUUAUUUUUUACCUUCUGCAGGCUUUUCACCCACAUUCUUUUUUUCUUUCUUUUCUUUGCAUCUUUAAAUCACAGGGUGUGUAAGAUUUACACAGGCGUGGCUUUCAGGCUUAGCAUUUUCCCCCACUUUAUUACCUUCACCUCUUGAGUGGCAAAAAGAAGAGCAAUCAUCUGAAUAAACCGUGAGAAUUGGCCUUUGCCUGGUUUCCAGAUACAUGUAACUGAAAGUAGCUCUGUACACCAGGGAUUUGCAUUCAGUACAAGUGCAUAUCACCCUUCUAAUGAACAAUGAUUUGGUCUUAAUAUUUCACAGAUAAUAUCAUCCAACUUUUUUUCUUUCUGGAAAAAAAACAUCCUAAACCAAAUCAAGCCUGAAUGAUCUCUGGAGGUAACAAUGAUGAAAGUGAGGCUGUUCUUCUUUGGGCACAUCAUGAGAAAGCAGGAUACUCUGGAAAAGACAAUAAUGCUGGGAAAGGAGGAAGGCAGCAGGAAAAGAAGACGGCUGGAUACGGGAUGGGUCGACACCCUGAAAGAAGCUAUGGCUUGAGUUUAUAAGAGCUGAGCAGGGCAGUUAAGGACAGGAUGUUCUGGAGAUUGUUCAGUCAUAGGGUCGCUGUACAUCAGAGGUGGCUUGAUGGCACAUAACAUCAAUAACAUCAGAAUCCUGUGUAACAAGUCGGUGGCCCUCCGUGUGUUUUUGGAUCGCCAUUCCUGUGAUCUUUCACCCGUGGUUAUGUUGGCUGAUGGAAGUUGUAGGCCAAAAACAUCUCGAGGGCCAGAGUUGCCCGUUCCAGCUCUCUGCAAGCAUUGAAGGUGGCUGAGGCCUUUUCCUCCUUGUAAACAAAUACAAGUAUUUGCUACACAACAUCUAACUUCAAAGGGAUGGAUUUGCCCGUUGUACAUGUAGUAUUUUAAAAUGUUGUCCAGCAUGGGGGGUCUGAACCUGGAUGAGAAGGCAUCAUUCUAAAAACAGCCUUGCAAAAGCUUGUGCAGAUGUUUUUCAUCAUUACUUUUCUACUGUGAUACAUAAAUAGUCUUUGGAGGACAUUACUUUUUUGUUUGCUGGCAGUGGGGGGUGAGGGCGGAGAAACAGAUUCCUCUUGCUUCCAGGCCUUGAGCAUUUCAGUGGAGUUGAUGCAUCUGGCUUAUCCUUGUGCCAGACAUAGCAAUUGGAGUUCACUUUCUCUCUCUCUCUCUCUCUCUCUUUCUCUCUCUUUCUGACUGCACGAAACUGUUUUAUGCUCUUGGUCUAUUUGCUGCUCUCCCUCCACAUGUUUUACAUGCCGAUUUUCAUCUCCUGUCAUUAGGUUAAGCUUAUUUAGUAUAGAAAAAUCAGCUCAACUCAGACCCUAGCUUUUCUGUAUGUUCUAAAAGCACAGGGAAAUGGAUGUUUGCUGUAUGAAAUGUUAGUGCCUUGACACUUUAAAAAAUCUAAACAUUUAAAUAAAAUGGUAUUUUCAAACUAACUUCCUCCCCUUCAGAUAAAGGAUAAUGCCUAUAAUCAGGAAUGUGUGUCUAUGUGAGCAUGCCUGUCCUUCAUUCACAUGGGCAUCACAGUUAAACCAAUCCAUUUCUUUGCCUCCAAACUUUAACUAAGCUCUGUAGUGAAAUAUUGAAGGUCAAACCAUGCCUGUACCCAGCAACUGAAAGAGGAUCUAACAUACACAUUCACAUGCAUUUUUCCAAAUAGAGUUCCUCUUCAAGAUAAUGCAGGAUUUUCAGUAAUAUCUCAUUAUUUCUCUGACUAGGCUAGCAUGAUUCCUGCUCCCUCUUUUGCUACUAGUGCAGUGGUGUCGUGAGCAUGCAUGCAUAUACAUCUGUUGUUUUCAUAAUUUAUGUGGGUGCUCUCAGUUUUGGAUGUGAUUACUCCUUAGAUUUCUGCCCAACUUUUCUCUUCUGAUCUUUUCUUAUGGCAGUCAGAUGCUCAUCUCUGUUUCAUGGGGCUGGGGGUGGGGUUGUGUGUGUGAAAAAGGUUACAUGCAUCAUCCCACACCUGCUUGAUCCCGUAAAAUUGAAGAUGGAGUGUCACUUGAUUAUGUGCCAUCCCUGGAUUUUAAUAUUUGUUUGGAAGAUUAUAAUAUGGGAAAUGUGAAGCAGUUCUAAGGCUGUGUUGGGUCGUAUUAAUGCUGUAUAAAGAUAUUGUACUGCUGUGUGUAAAAAAGCAAGGAAGGAAAUUUAACAGCAAAGAGCCGUAUGGUUGGUGGGGGUGUGUGGCAUGUGUGCUUAUGCACGCAUACAUAUGUACAUACAUAUACAUAUAUACAUGCCGCAUGUUUUUCCAUCUGGUACUUUUAUGUAUUGGGUUGGGUUAUUGUUGAGAACUGGACUGUUAAAUACUGUGUUUGAGGCUGGUUGUCAUUUUUAUAACUGUCUCUGUGUUUUAUUGCCAUUAUUUAUUACUUUUGAUAUACAGAAUGAGCUGCAUGCAUUUAUAGAGCAAUAAGAGAAUGUAUUUAAUGUGCCUUGUUUUUAACUGAACAAGAACUGAAAGCAUGAAUCAAUAAAACUGAUUAAAAUGGU